CGGAUCCUUGGGUCUGCAAAGAAUGGUUUCAGAUAUCUCAGGAAAUCAAAGAAGUCGCAGUUCGUCCGCUGGGUGAAAUGAGUGCCACCGCCUGGAAGCCAGAGCCCGCCUCCGAGGCUAAUGAUGAUGACCACGGGGAGUCGAAGAAGCAGAAGAAGAAGCAGGCGAAUGGAUGGGCCUCGACCAGGCGAUACGCUAGAAUACCCAUGAAAAUAAUGGCCGCUCUGGCCACCGUCUAUGUGAGCAUGUUGUCCUCGGAGCGGUACUUCUACUACUGGGUGCAGACCUCCAUCGAAAGGACCGACAUGCACGUGUCCGAGAUAGUUUUUCCAGCCGUGACCAUCAUCCCGAUCCACUUCAGCAGCCUGAAAGCGGAGAAGCUCACCAAGGCCUACAAUUUGGUUCAGUCCGUGAUCUGGCAAACCCCGAUGUCAGCCCACCUCACGGAUGACAACUUCACGGAGUUCGCCGAAUUGGACAACUGGAACAUGACGAGCUGGGGAAUCUACCAGUCGCUGCAGGUCAACUGCCGGCACUUCUUCAUUGAGUGCCAGUGGCGUCGCAGGACCAUGAACUGCUGCGACCUGUUCCGACCCACCAAGACCUUCAAUGGCUUCGCCUUCGAGUUCAACUCGCUGGUGUCCUCGGGAAAGGAUGACACUUGGCCCUGGUCCGUGGCUGCAUCGGGAUCCUACAGCGGGCUCUAUGUGAAGAUCAAACGGCAGCACAGUCUGUACACCUUGAAUACCCUGGGGGUGAUAGUGCACGAACCCACUCAGCUGCUGGGCAUGAGCAUUGACUAUUCCUCGGAGGACCGCAUCGUGGUUCCGGUGGAACCACUCCGUUUCACUGCCGAACUGGAGGUCCGGGCCCGUCCUGUUCAAAUGCGUCGUUGUUACUUUGCGAACGAAAUCCCAAAGGGGCGGUCGCGCUCGGAGUGCAUCUACAAGUGCCACUUUAACUACAUCUUCAGCAAGUGCAAUUGCUCCCUGGAACUGCCAGUGCAGGCCAUCCUUGAUGAAGCCAACAUUACGGAUGCAAAGCAAAGCAACGGGCGUAGAAUUUGCGGUGUGAAGGAUCUGGCCUGCUUCAAUAGGCACAGACUUUCCCUCUUUUCCAUGAGCAACAUCAUCGAAGAGUCCCGGGAUAACGUGUUCAACACCGUGGACUGUGGCUGCUUUCCCCAGUGCGAUCACACCCAGUACCACACGUCGACCUACACAGAGAAGCUGAGCACCCACAGCAGCCAUGGCGCGGAGGUGGAGAUAGACGUGUAUUUCCAGGAGGAGACCCUGUUCUCCUACCGCUCCAUGCUGCGUUUCACGCUGAUCGACUUGAUGGUUUCCUAUGGAGGAAUAGCCGGCUUGAUUAUGGGCAUCUCGGUGCUGGGCUGCUUCAACAACAUCUUGGAUCACUUCGCCUGCUGUCGUCUACCACAAGGUUCCUAGGGCCAGCUGGGAUCUCAGGUUCCCACACUUACCUGUAAUCGAAGCGCACACAAAGGCACCACUCACCUGGUUCCUGGGAUGGGCACAUGUAUGAGUCGAGAAAACAAAACCCAUUCGGAGAACUACCUGCUCAGGCAGUGGAAAAUUUUCAAGUGCAGUGCCAACCAGACCUAACAAACUAUAGGCUUUCUCAGCUA